GUGGCUUUUAACCCUAAUAAUCUUGAAUAUCAGGACAAGUACCUGUGAAGGAAUCGGGAAGACAGUAGGGUUUUGCAAGUGCGAGUUCGAAAGAGCUAGAGGGAUAUGGGGAAUCCGAAGCAGAAGUGGACGGCAGAAGAAGAAGAAGCCUUGAGAGCCGGCGUCGCAAAGCACGGGGCCGGCAAGUGGAAGAACAUCCAGAAAGAUCCAGAGUUCAACCACUUGCUCUAUUCUCGCUCCAACAUUGAUCUCAAGGACAAAUGGCGAAACAUGAGCGUUAGUGCCAAUGGCCAAGGUUCUAGGGAAAAAUCACGAACAUCAAAAGCAAAGGCCAACCCUGAUCCUGCUACUCCCUUGCUAAAUGCCCAGACUUCUGUUACCUCCAACUCAGUUGCAAAUGAUGGUUCGACAGAUGUAGUCAUGGAUGAUUCAUCAAACUACGUAUUAGAUGGGAAAACUGCUUCAAAUUCCAGGUACAAUGCGAUGAUUUUUGAAGCACUUUCAACCCUGAAGGACCCGAAUGGAUCAGAUACCAGUGCAAUAGUUAGUUUUAUUGAGCAAAGACAAGAGGUGCCCCAAAACUUUAGGAGGUUGUUGACUGCUAGAUUAAGAAGGCUUGUUGCACAAGACAAACUUGAAAAGGUCCAAAAUUGCUACAAGUUAAAAAGAAGAGUAUUGGUCGGGGAAAAAACACCGACCCCAGUGCAGAAGGAUGUCCGCCCGAGGCCGCCACAACCAACUUGUUAUCUUGGUGACACAGUAGAAGAAGCGGCAGUGGCUGCCGCUUACAAGGUUGCUGAAGCAGAAAACAAAUCCUUUGUAGCAGCGGAAGCCGUCAAGGAGGCGGAGAGGGUUUCAAAGAUGGCUGAAGAUACAGAUUCACUGCUACAGUUGGCCAAAGAGAUCUUUGAGAAAUGCUCUCGCGGUGAAAUUGUGCUAAUGGCAUGAGGUAGGAUUGUUCCUUGGCUGGCCCAGGUUCUGAACAUGUGAUGAUGGCAUGAUAUAUAUAUAUAUAUAUCUUCUUAAAUUGAAGAACCUAAAUAUGCCCCUUAUUUUAUUCACUCUGUAAAUUUUUAGCAUAUCAUAUCUUGCUGUACUUUUGUUAUAGAGUUUGUGUGCCUAAUUCUAACCAGAUUGUUAAGCAGACUUUACUCAA